AUGGUGAAAAAGGCCAACGGAAAGUGGAGAAUCUGCAUUAACUUCACCGACUUGAAGAAGGCCUGUCCCAAAGACAGUUUCCCCUUGCCAAGGAUCGACCAACUCAUCGAUGCAACAACGGGACAUGAGUUGUUGAGCUUCAUAGAUGCCUUCUCAGGCUACAACCAAAUCCGGAUGCACCCGGGCGACCAGGAGAGAACGGCUUUCAUCACCAAUCGUGGCUUGUACUGCUACAAGGUAAUGCCCUUUGGCCUCAAAAAUGUUGGUGCCACUUAUCAGCGGCUGGUGAAUGAGGUAUUCAAAGAGUGGCUCGGCUGGAAUGUAGAGGCAUAUGUCGACGAUAUGCUCGUAAAGAGCAAAAAGGUUGAACACCACUUGGCCGACCUUCGCGAAGUCUUUGACACACUCAGAAAAUACAAGAUGAAGUUAAACCCAACCAAGUGCGCUUUCGGGGUCGCCUUCGGUAAGUUCCUGGGGUUCAUGGUAACACAUAGAGGAAUCAAAGCAAAUUCAGAGAAGAUAAAGGCCAUCCUUGACAUGCCAUCCCCUCGGACCCAUAAAGAGGUGUAA